GCGACUCGCUGGCACGUCUCAGAUGAAACUCAUCCGACAGGCGUGUGCAUAAAGACAGAUCCCGAGCUCAGCAGCAGGCACGAAGUUCUCAGCCGACAUCCACCAUGUUUCACCUCUUGCUUGUGGCCGUUGUACUUCUGGGAGCAUACAUCCUCCUCACACGGACUCUCUUCAAAAGAGCCAAAUGCAAAGGAAACGCCGCGAUGUCGGGGAAGACCGUCAUUAUCACAGGAGGAAAUACGGGCAUUGGUAAAGCCACGGCGUUGCAUCUGGCCAGGAAAGGAGCCAGAGUGGUCCUGGCCUGCCGAAACAGGAACAAAGCUGCAGCUGCCAUUGCAGAAAUAGAAACGCAAACGGGAAGUACAGACGUGAUCUACGUGCACUUGGACCUAGCCAGUCUGAAGUCUGUCCGCAGCUUCGCCGAAACCUUCCUGAAAACUGAGCCCAGGCUGGAUUUGCUCAUCAACAAUGCUGGAUUGGUGGCAGACGGGCGGACUGAGGACGGCUAUGGCAUCGAGUUUGGGGUGAACCACUUGGGUCACUUCCUGUUGACCAAUCUGCUGUUGGAGAGGAUGAAGAAGACAGGGGGAGGCCGAGUGAUCACGCUGUCCUCCAUGGCUCAUCGCUGGGGACACAUUGACUUUAACGCUCUGGUUGCAAACAAAGACCUGGGAACUGGCAGGUACAGCUGGCAAUUCUUCCACGCGUACUGCAACAGCAAACUGUGCAAUGUGCUUUUCACCCAUGAGCUUGCCAAGAGGCUGAAAGGAACCGAUGUCACAUGCUACAGUGUCCACCCAGGUGUUGUCCGGACUGAACUGUCCAGAAAUGUCAGCCUGUGGCAGAAGAUUUUCAUCCAGCCUGUGGCCUGGCUGCUGUUCCUGGACCCAGAGGCAGGAGCUCAGACCACACUGCACUGUGCCCUGCAGGAAGGAAUCGAACCUCUGAGCGGGAAGUACUUCUCCUGCUGCGAGGCACAGGAAGUGUCCGCUCAUGCCCGAGAUGACAAGGUGGCCCUGAAAUUGUGGGAGGUCAGCGAGAAACUCUGUGGACUGGCAUAGAUUUAUUCACCUCGCAAUAAACAGGUUGUUGAGUCCA